CUGGCCCACCGUUCCCUCUGCCUGCUGCACAGAACUGUCAGGGAUGGUCUCUGCUGAUUCUUCCUGCUUUGCCCUAACUUACUGCCAGGUUUCCCCUUGAGACCCAGCAGGAGAGGGCCAUCUCUACCUGCCCAACCCUUCCUCCUCUCAUUCCUCUCAUGCUCACGGGGGCCACCGUCUCCAGCCAGUCCCAGCUGCCUGUGCCGGUCACCCGAUCCACCCUGUAGCCCUGCAAACUUUAUGGACAAGAGGGGUCAAGGUGGGAGACACCUUUGCAGAGUUCUUGGCGGAGUGUGGGAAGGCAGCCGGGUCAGCCUCACAGACUCCUAGGACCUGAGAAGAGGCUCAGGCAAGUGAGCAGAUGAAAGGAAAGGGGAAGAGAUACGAGAUAAGGUCCUGGGCUGGGAGGGGUCUGUGUGUGUGUGUGUGUGUUUGUGUGUGUGUGUGUGCGCGUGUGUGUGGAGAGUGAAGGGAGGAAAGAUCUUCGACCUACCCUAGCAGCUAAUUUCCUUCUUUAAUUCACACUGGGACCUUGGCUCGUGGGCCCCACAGGUCCUGUGUGCUUCUCUAAAGGAGGGCCAGAGGCGCCCGAGCCUGGCUCACCUGAGUGUGCCAGGCAAGGCGCCUGGUGCAGUGGAGGGGCUCGGAGACAGGAAAGUUAAGAUCGUGACAUGGCAGGGACUUUGAGGGCAAAUUAUUGUUCUCCCUGGAGCUUAAAGAGAGCCAGAACCGUCACCGCACACUGGCCCCAGGCCUCUCUCGGGUCUCUGGUCGGAUGGCGGCCUCUGCACGCCUAGCUCCUUCUCCCCUCAGGCUGCAGAGAGGAAACAGUCACAGAACUGGGCCUGCUGGAUUUGGCCUGGGUCUGGAUUGGGGUCCUGAGAAGAACAGAUCACGCUUGUCAACAGAAGCGAUUGAUGUGGCUUUCGUGUUCACUUGCACAUCUGCUACACAUGUACAUAUACCUGCCCGUGCACACAUGUGAUUCAUGUAUUGAACACGCAUGUUUAAUGCUGGUACACACUUGACUAGAUGUAUGCACACAACACAAGUUAAGUAUACAGAUUUGUACUUCAACUUAUAGCUACAUAGGUGUGACACCUGCUUGCUCGUAGACAUGUAUGUGCAUGCACUUGCUCAUGUACACAUAUGUUCGUGUAUGUGUGUUCACAAAGGGACCCUCGGAAAUAUAUUCAUAUCCGUAGUCACCCACAACCAUGGAUCCGGUCCCAAAUGUGCCCCUCCGUUUCCCGGCCUGUCUGUGGGUCCACAGCCACUCCCGAGGCCUCGCCCCUCCACCCACCCUCCCUUCAGCAGCUGCUUUGCUCUUUGCAGUCAGUGCCCUCUGAAGUGACCACGCGAUCUGACUCUGUUGGCCCUUGGCCCUUUACUGCCUGGGGACCUUGUCCGCAUCAUCGGUAUCCUUGCCUCUGCCCCAGGCUGGCAUGAAGCGGGUGCCUAGUGUUUGUGAAUUAGUGUCUGUGAGUGUGUGUGCAGAGGGGAGGUUACUGAGGAGGGUGACGUGGUGGGGCGGGUGCCUGCCAAUGCAGGGUGACCCUGAGGGUGUGCCCGGUGUGGGUGUGUCUCUGAUUGUGGCCAGGCGGGGCACCCUUGGUGGAGAGGAAACGGUAUGCGACCCCCCAGCCUCUAUCCCUAGGGGCUGUAAUCUGAUCCCUUGGGACUCCCCCAUGCCCUCCCACUCGCCCUUACCCUCUCGGCUUUGCUGCCGAGACUCUUCUCUUCCAGAUCCUGGGGCAGAGUCCAGGGCGGCUGAAGGCUCCUCCACACACGCCCGCUGAACCCUGAGCGCCCUGAGCUGCCGGCAUGGGGCGGGCUGAGGCCGCCGCCAUGAUCCCAGGCCUGGCCCUCCUCUGGGUAGCCGGGCUCGGGGAUGCCGCCCCUAACCUUCCCCGCCUGCGGCUCUCCUUUCAAGAGUUACAGGCCCGGCAUGGUGUCCGAACCUUCCGGCUGGAGCGGACCUGCUGCUACGAAGCCUUGCUGGUGGAUGAGGAGCGUGGGCGCCUGUUUGUGGGGGCCGAGAACCACGUGGCUUCCCUCAGCCUGGACAACAUCAGCAAGCGAGCCAAGAAGCUGGCCUGGCCCGCCCCUGUGGAAUGGCGUGAAGAAUGCAACUGGGCAGGGAAGGACAUUGGUACGGAGUGCAUGAACUUCGUGAAGCUGUUGCAUGUCUACAACCACACCCACUUGCUGGCCUGUGGCACAGGGGCCUUCCACCCAACCUGUGCAUUUGUGGAGGUGGGGCACCGGCUGGAGGAACCCAUGCUUCAGCUGGACCUGAGGAAACUUGAGGACGGCAAAGGAAAGAGUCCUUAUGACCCAGGGCAUCGGGCUGCCUCGGUGCUGGUGGGGGAAGAGCUGUAUUCUGGGGUGGCAGCGGACCUUAUGGGUCGAGACUUUACCAUCUUUCGAAGCCUGGGUCAGAAUCCAAGUCUCCGAACAGAGCCCCAUGAUUCCCGCUGGCUCAAUGAACCCAAGUUUGUCAAGGUCUUUUGGAUCCCAGAAAGUGAGAAUCCUGAUGACGAUAAAAUUUAUUUCUUCUUUCGGGAGUCUGCUGUGGAAGCAGCACCAGCAAUGGGUCGCAUGACUGUGUCUCGUGUUGGCCAGAUCUGCCGGAAUGACCUGGGUGGCCAGCGGAGCUUGGUCAACAAAUGGACCACAUUUCUGAAGGCGCGGCUUGUGUGCUCAGUACCUGGAGUCGAGGGUGACACCCACUUUGACCAGCUUCAGGAUGUUUUCCUUUUGUCCUCCCGAGACCGCCAGACACCUCUUCUCUAUGCUAUCUUCUCCACCUCCAGCGGCAUCUUCCAGGGCUCUGCCGUGUGCGUGUACAGCAUGAAUGAUGUGCGCCGCGCCUUCUUGGGACCUUUUGCUCACAAAGAGGGGCCUACACAUCAGUGGGUGUCCUACCAGGGUCGCGUCCCCUACCCGAGACCCGGCAUGUGCCCCAGCAAGACCUUUGGCACCUUCAGCUCCACCAAGGACUUCCCAGAUGACGUUAUCCAGUUUGCUCGGAACCACCCUCUCAUGUACAACUCAGUCCUGCCCAUGGGGGGGCGCCCUCUCUUCCUACAAGUGGGAGCUGGGUACACCUUCACCCAGAUCGCUGCAGACCGGGUAGCAGCUGCCGACGGACACUACGAUGUUCUCUUCAUUGGUACAGAUGUGGGCACAGUGCUGAAAGUGAUCUCAGUCCCCAAGGGCAGUCAACCUAACUCUGAAGGACUUCUCCUGGAAGAGCUGCAGGUGUUUGAGGACUCUGCCGCUAUCACCAGCAUGCAAAUCUCCUCUAAAAGGCACCAGCUCUACGUCGCAUCGCCCAGCGCCGUGGCCCAGAUUGCUUUGCAUCGCUGCACAGUCCUAGGCCGCGCCUGCGCAGAAUGCUGCUUGGCCCGUGACCCUUACUGCGCCUGGGAUGGAUCGGCCUGUACACGCUUCCAGCCUACUGCCAAGAGGCGGUUCCGGAGGCAAGACAUAAAGAAUGGUGACCCCAGGACCCUGUGCUCUGGGGACUCCUCACACUCUGUGCUGCUGGAGAGAAAGGUCUUAGGUGUGGAGAGCGGCAGCGCAUUUCUGGAGUGUGAGCCCCGCUCGCUCCAGGCACAUGUGGAGUGGACCUUCCAUCGUGCGGGGGAGGCAGCUCAUACCCAGGUGCUUGCUGAGGACCGAGUAGAGCGCACAGCGCGGGGGCUGCUGUUGCGUGGGCUGCGGCGCCAGGACUCUGGCGUGUAUCUGUGCAUCGCGGUUGAACAAGGCUUUUCACAACCACUGCGUCGCCUGGUGCUGCAUGUGCUGAGCGCGGCACAGGCUGAGCGACUGGCGCGGGCGGAGGAGGCAGCAGCUCCUGCACCACCAGGACCUAAACUCUGGUACCGGGACUUUCUGCAGUUGGUGGAGCCAGGCGGUGGUGGAGGUGCAAACUACCUGCGAAUGUGCCGCCCACAGCCCGGGUCCCACUCAGAUUCACGUCGUAAGGGGCGCAACAGGCGGAUGCAUGUCUCUGAGCUGCGUGCUGAGCGUGGACCACGUAGCGCAGCUCACUGGUGACUUGGCUGUCCCCCGCAAUGGGGACCAGGCUGGAUAUGACACUCAGACGGGUGCCAGGAAGACAAAUGAGUUGUGUGGCUAGGGCACACUGAGGUCCUUGGGCCAAUGGAGACACACCUAACCCAUAUAUAGGCCCUGGCCAAAGGGUAGCUUAUUUAUUAACAAGAUAACCCGUGGAUGUAGCCCUGAAGAGCUCAAUUCAGGAUCUAACCAGGAGGGGAGGGGACAGAGAAGUGGGGCUCUAGAGCGGACCAGGACCAGAGAGUUGUCUUGGGUGGCAAGUCCUCCGGAAAGCAUUCUCUUUCUUGGGCAGUGAGCAGAAAGCUGUGACCAGAUUAGACCGUUGGGUCUGUGAUGAGGCAGGCCAACUGUACUAAAGUAACGCAAUAAACACAUUAUCAGCUGACGUUGGAAUGGCCCCAGCAGACAACAGGUAGUCCUAGACCUUGCCGGCAGUCUCCGGCAUUGUCCUAGAGGUCUCAAGGCCUGCAUUUUCCUCAUCCAAGAAUGCUGGAGUGAAGAUUAAAAGUGUUAGUAGACAGUUACGUUGGUUCUAGGGAGCCUCUGGGGGUACUGGCAUGCACAGUGCAUUAGCGGCAGGUCCAAGCUUUCUGAAGUAAAAGCAAACAAACAACA